AUGGCUGUUUCCAGGUACGCGUCUGCCGCCGCACACAGCAGCAGGGCGUUCAGCGUGUCUGCCCGCCAGCUCCAGAAGAAGUUGAACAAGUACUCGUCCAUCGUCACCGAGGACAUGUCGCAGGGCGCGUCGCAGGCCAUGCUCUACGCCACGGGCUUCACGUCCGAGGACAUGGCCAAGGCGCAGGUCGGCGUGGGGUCCGUGUGGUGGUCCGGAAACCCCUGCAACAUGCACUUGAUGGACUUGAACAACCAGUGCACGGCGUCGGUCGACAAGGCCGGGUUGAAGGGCAUGCAGUUCAACUCCAUCGGCGUGUCGGACGGCAUCACCAACGGCACGGAGGGCAUGAAGUACUCGUUGCAGUCGCGCGAGAUCAUCGCGGACUCGUUCGAGUCGUUGAUCAUGGCGCAGAUGUACGACGGCAGCGUGGCCAUCCCGUCGUGCGACAAGAACAUGCCCGGCGUGCUCAUGGCCAUGGGCCGCCACAACCGCCCGUCGCUCAUGGUGUACGGCGGCACCAUUCUCCCUGGCGCGCCGCUGUGCGGCGCCACGCCGGAAAUCCCGGCCAAAAUCGACCUCAUCAACGCGUUCCAGUCCUACGGCCAGUACUUGUCCAAGCAGAUCACCAACGAGCAGCGCGUGGACGUGAUCAAGAACGCGUGCCCGGGCGCGGGCGCGUGCGGCGGCAUGUACACGGCCAACACCAUGGCGUCCGCGUCCGAGGUCAUGGGCAUGACGUUGCCGUACUCAUCGUCGGCGCCCGCGGUGUCCAAGGAAAAGGCCGCGGAGUGCGCCUCGGUGGGCGAGGCCGUCAAGAACUUGUUGGUCAUGGACUUGAAGCCCAAGGACAUCAUGACCAAGCGCGCGUUCGAGAACGCCAUGACGUACAUCAUCGCCACGGGCGGCUCCACCAACGCGGUGUUGCACAUCAUCGCCAUCGCGUCGUCCGUGGGCAUCGACAUCACCGUGGACGACUUCCAGCGCAUCUCCGACAGCACGCCGUUGUUGGCGGACUUCAAGCCCUCGGGCAAGUACGUGAUGGCCGACUUGCAGUACGUGGGCGGCACGCCCGCCGUAAUGAAGAUGUUGAUGGCCGAGGGCUUGCUCGACGGCUCGCAGAUGUCCGUGACCGGCAAGACCCUCAAGGAGAACUUGGACCGGCUCCCCGGCUUGCCUAAGGGCCAGGACAUCGUGCGCCCGUUGUCCAACCCGUUGAAGCGCACGGGCCACUUGCAGAUCUUGAAGGGCUCGUUGGCGCCCGGCUCGUGUGUGGCCAAGAUCACCGGCAAGGAGGGCACGUACUUCAAGGGCAAGGCGCGCGUGUUUGACGAAGAGGAGGCCUUCAUCCAGGCCUUGCAGGCGGGCGAGAUCAGGAAGGGCGAGAAGACCGUGGCCGUGAUCCGCUACGAGGGCCCCAAGGGCGGCCCCGGCAUGCCCGAGAUGUUGAAGCCCUCCUCGGCCUUGAUGGGCUACGGCUUGGGCAAGGACGUGGCCAUGAUCACGGACGGCCGCUUCUCGGGCGGCUCGCACGGCUUCUUGAUAGGCCACGUGGUGCCGGAGGCCGCGGUGGGCGGCCCCAUUGCCUUGGUCCAUGACGGCGACGAGAUUGUGAUUGACGCGGAGAGCAACAAGAUCGACUUGUUGGUCAGCGACGCCAUCAUGGCCGAGCGGAGAAAGGCCUGGGUGGCCCCUGAGCCCAAGUACAAGCGCGGCACGUUGUUCAAGUUUUACAAGUUGGUCACGGACGCGUCCAAGGGCUGUGUCACGGACAUCUAG